GCCACUAUUUCAUUUUCCACCCCAUCCUCUUCAUCUUCUUCUUCUUUUUCUGAUAAGAGCCUCAGAAUUGAGAAACGGAAACCAGGGCAUUUGGUACUCCCUUAGCAGCUGCUCUACUUCACUCACCGAUCUCUCUCUCUCUCUCUGAACUUAGGGGUUUCACCGGAAAUGGCGUUCUUGCUUAACAAAACCGGCGUCGUUUCUCAUUUCCGAUCUCAUAUUUCCCAGAAGACGGAGGACGCGCUCUCUCUCACGCGCCGCGCGUACCACAUUGAACCCGGGCCUCGCGAGAAAGCCCUCUUGGCAGCGGACCCAGCUUUGAAGCGAUUCAAAUCGCAUAAAAAGAGUGUGUGGCGGCUUAAAAGAGUUGCUGAUGUUGCCACAAUUGUUGUUGUUGCAGGUUGCUGCUACGAAAUAUAUGUGAAAGCAGUAAUGAGAGAAGAAGCUCGCAAACAAGCAGAGGCUGCAAGCGGAAGUGCAUAAUGAAGCGUAAAAACUCUGCCGCACUUAUUUUCCAAAAAAAGAAGAAAAAAAGAAUGAGGAAAAGGAAUGUAAAGUUGUUUGGCCAUGAUGUUAGACCUUCUGGUUUUCUUGUUGGUUAGACCUUCUGGUUUUUUUUGGGGAGGGAGGGGGGGUGUUAAAUAAGCAGUAAAAACGUGGUAUGCAAUGUUUGAACUCAACCUUCUGCUAUUGAAAUCUUGAUCAUGAAUGCCUCAUCUCCAUUUAUGUCAGGUUGAUUGAGUAAAUUUGGACCUUGGAAUUUAUUCAUUUAUUUAUUUUCUUUUUCUUUUUCAA